AUGAUCAUAUUUUCCGGCUUUCGUCUGUGUUGGUUACUUACAGUUAGUGUUUGUCAUCUGGCAACCACCACAAAUAAGAUGCAAACACAAACAUCACGAUCACAUAACAGUAGUAGCGUCAGUCAAGAGGUGGAGGAUAUUUUUCGGAAUGGAGGUGAGCGGACAAAAGGAAAAUCACAAGCUUUAUUAGAGAAUCAAUCGCGUUAG